GAAUACGUGCUGGAGAUGAAGGUUCGGCUGCUCAGGCACCUGUCGCUGGGAUCCAAGGUUGCAUCCACACUAGCAAUACAAGGGCCACCACAGGCACACCAGUUCAUCUCACUCCUACUGGAAGAGUACAGUGCACUCUGCCAGGCAGCAUGUACAAUCAGCGCCUUUCUAGUUACUCUGGAAAAUGAACAUCUGAAGAAAUUUCAGGUGACAUGGGAAUUGCACAAUAAGCAUCUGUUUGAAAAUCUGGUGUUUUCUGAGCCACUCCUACAGAAUAGCUUGCCAACAUUGGUGUCACAGCUAAGGCUUGGAACAACACACGAUUCCUGUAGUGAAGAUAUGUACAGUACCUUGCUGCAAAGGUAUCAUCAACUGGAACAGGAAAUGGGUCAAGUUGCUGAAGCAUGGCUUGAAUGCCAGAAAAGAAUAGAUGAUUACGUUGAUGAACAGAUGGCAAUGAAAACAAAGCAACGCAUGCUAAAGGAAGACUGGGAGUUUUUUAAACAGAGACGUUUUAUUGAAGAGCAGCUUAAUAACAAGAAAGCACUAGCUGGGGAGAACAACUUCACAGACACAAUGAGACACAUGCUGUCAUCACGUUUGAGCAUGCCUGACUGUCCCAACUGUAAUUAUAGAAGAAGAUGUACUUGUGAUGACUGCAGUCUCUCACACAUUUUAACGUGUGGCAUCAUGGACUCUCCUAUAACGGAUGAUAUCCACAUUAACCAGUUACCGCUGCAAAUCGAUUCCGCUCCGGAUUAUCUGUCGGAGAUCCGCCCUCCCAGCAUGUCUUCUGCAAGCUCAGGAUCAGGAUCCAGCUCACCUAUUACAAUUCAGCAACACCCCAGACUGAUCCUGGCAGAUAACGGUUCUGCACCAACUUUUGGUAGUGAUGAUGAAGAUGUGGCACCAUUAUCAGCAAAGUUUGCUGAUAUCUACCCACUGAAUAAUUACGAUGAUGCAGAGGUUGUAGCCAACAUGAAUGGAAUCCACAGUGAGCUAAACGGCGGAGGUGAAAACAUGGCAUUGAAAGAUGAGUCUCCUCAGGUGAGCAGUACUAGCAGCAGUUCCUCAGAAGCAGAUGACGAUGAAGCGGAUGGGGAGAGCAGUGGUGAACCACCAGGGACUCAAAAGGAGGAAACGUCUCUAGGAAAAAGGACGUUAAGGAAAGAUGAAGCAAAAAUGGAUAGUCCACCACCCUCUUACCCCAGCCAGCAGGCUGACCAAGGUCCAAAUGCUUGUGAAUGUCACGUUUGCAAACAAGAAGCCUCAGGUCUAACAGCCUCUGCACUUGCAACUGGACGCCUGCCUGCUGGCCACCAGUUUAUGAAUCCUGAAAAACCUGCACAUCCUGCACUUCAUCUUUAUCCUCACAUCCAUGGACAUAUACCAUUGCAUACAAUCCCUCAUCUGCCUCGUCCUCUUAUCCACCCCACCUUGUAUACAGCGUCUCCCUUCACACACAAUAAGGCAUUACCGCCAGCACCAGUUCAGAAUCAUACAAACAAGCAUCAAGUAUUCAAUGCAUCUCUCCAAGAUCAUAUUUAUCCAAGCUGUUUUGGGAGCACUCCAGAUUGGAAUAGCUCUAAAUUUAUAAGUCUUUGGGGUUCAGAGAUGAUGAAUGACAAGAACUGGAAUCCUGCUACAUUUUUGCCUGAUACAAUUCCUGGGAGUGAUAUAUUAGCACCAGCACUCUCAGAAAUAAGACCAGAAGCACUUCCUACUACGUCUAGCAACGAAGCAACAGCAGUUACUGACAGCAAAGAGAAAAAGAAUGCUGCAAAGAAGAAAUGUCUAUACAAUUUCCAGGAUGCCUUUAUGGAAGCUAAUAAAGUUGUCAUGGCAACUUCUUCUGCCACUUCUUCUGUCUCCUGCACAGCAACUACAGUGCAGUCAAGCAGCAACCAGUUCAAAGUAUCAUCCAAGAGACCUUCAUCAAUAGGUGAAGUGUUUCACAAUAUUAAUAAAGAGGACCAUAGACAUUCUGCACCAGUUGCACCACGAAAUAGUCCUACCAGUUUAGCAUCCCUUCCUUCACUGUCUCCUGCUGCACUGUCUCCAGCCUCGACACCUCAUCUUCCAAAUCUUGCUGCCCCUUCUUUCCCCAAAACUGCUGCAACAGCCCCUGGAUUUGUGGAUCCUCAUUCAGGUCUUUGUCCUACGACGGUUGCACCUCCUACUUCAACCACAGACAGCUCUGUAAGUGCCCCACCAAGUGUCUGCAGUGAUCCUGACUGUGAGGGCCAUCGCUGUGAGAACAGUAACACGUAUGACCAUCAGCAAUAUGAUGGAGAAGAGAGCCAAGAUGAAGACAGCUGUUCAGAGCAUAGCUCCAGUACCUCAACAUCCACAAAUCAGAAAGAAGGCAAAUACUGUGACUGCUGUUACUGUGAGUUCUUCGGCCAUGGAGGACCUCCAGCUGCACCAACCAGUAGAAAUUAUGCAGAGAUGCGAGAAAAGCUUCGUUUGCGUCUAACAAAAAGGAAAGAGGAACAGCCCAAGAAACCAGAUCAGAUCUCUGAAAGGGAAAGUGUUGUUGACCAUCGAAAGGUGGAAGACUUGCUACAAUUUAUAAACAGCUCUGAAACCAAACCAGUAAGCAGUUCUCGGGCAGCCAAGCGAGCCAGGCAUAAGCAAAGGAAGCUUGAAGAAAAAGCUCGACUCGAAGCAGAAGCCAGGGAGCGGGAGCAUCACCAGUUGCUUGAGGAGCAGAGGCGGCGUGAGGAAGAAGAGGAGGAGAGGCUGAAACAAGAAUUACAAAGGCUUCAAGAGCUUCAGCAGUUGCGGGCUGUAAAGAAAAAGAAGAAAGAACGCCCCAGCAAGGACUGUCAGAAGGUGGACAUGCUCCCUCGCAACUGCCAGGCAGUGAAGGAGUCUGUCCCGAGCACACCCCAAGACCUGCAGAACGGUACACUGGAGCAGCCAGAAAAGGUAGAAACCUCCGCCUCACUGUCAAGACACCUGAAUCAUACAGAACAGAGGCCAGUUUCAGAGACAGGCUGUGAACUAUCCAAUCCUGUAAACACUAGAGACUCCAAGCUGCUUUAUCAGAAAGAGGGGAGUGUAAAGCAGCAUGAGCCACUCUCUUUUCUGCUGGAUAUUAUGCAUCAACAUAAAGAAGGAAACAGCAAACAGAAACUAAAGCAGAUAAACAAACCGUGUGCUGAACAAGUGAAAAAGCCUGUUGAGUCCCCCAAAGCAGCUGAGAUUCAGACUAAACCCAGAAACCAAAUAGAAUCCAAAGCAAAAGCAGCAGAGCUCCCAAUGCUUGCAGAACCUAAAAAAGAGGAGAAGAAAUUAAACAAUAACAACAAAAAACAGCUGAACCAUGUAAAGGAGGAGAAAGCACCAGUAACAAGUGAAUCCCCUUCACCAAGUGAACAACAGCAAAAUAAUAAGCUAAUACUUGCAGACUCUCCUCAACCAAAAGGCAAGAACAAGAAAAACAAGAAGAAAAAAGGAGAUAAAGUCAACAAUUCCAUUGAUGAUGUGUUUCUACCCAAAGACAUUGAUCUAGACAGUGUGGAAAUGGAUGAAACAGAGCGAGAAGUGGAGUAUUUUAAAAGAUUCUGCUUGGAUUCUGCCAGACAGACAAGGCAGAGACUUUCCAUCAACUGGUCUAAUUUUAGCUUGAAAAAAACCACCUUUGCUGCACAUUGAAAUGACACAAUUUGGGGAGGGAACCCUGCAGGAAUCAAUGAACGACAACUCCACUUACCUGUCCUGCUGUGCUGAGAGCUUCUCUGGUCUUGAGCCAGUGCUGCCUUGCCUUGUCCCCAGUGCUGUGUGGAUCUGCACUGAACCCUUUGGCCUGAUAAUUCUUGCGGACUGAAAAA